GGCGCGGAAGGUGCGAAAAAGCCUAGAGACGUUUUUAUUUUCGAUAUCUCGUGACAGUCAGUGCGAUCGUGAUUCGGGUGCAGCUGAAGGUGCAAUUCUAGUCAGUUUUUCGAAUUAGUGAUACUAAUCAACAGCUAAUGCCAUGAUGAAGCUGCUACUAUUCAAAUUGGUAGCAUUUCUGCUGGCAGUUCCAGUUGCUCCAAUCGCGGGACUUUUCUUUCUGUUGUUGAUCGUUUAUCGUGCAAUCGUGCAAAAUGCAAUUAAAUUGGUCUACGGACAGCACUUUAAGGGAUUUCUGGAAGGUUUGGAUGCGAUCUGGAACGUAGAGAAGAGCAGCUCCAGAUCGAUGAUCAACGUUAUGUUCUAUGUGGUGGCUCCAUCGAACGAACAGGGGGAAUUCCAUGUGAAAUUCAUUGAAGGGAUAAGAAAAGUCAUCGCUGGAAAAUUGAUGGGUGACGAUCGACCUUAUCCUCGAUUGUUUUGGAAGCGACGUCAAACCCUUGGCUAUUGCUUCUGGACCAACGAUUGUCAGCUAAAAAUUGAGGAUUAUGUACGCUUCAUGGACGAGAUCAGUUUUGCACCAGGGGAGAAACACAUCAACGAGAACGAUCUGCGGGUCCUCAUCGGUGCCAUCAGCAACCGGAGGCUUCCGGAAAAGCAUACAGCCUGUUGGGAACUUCUCAUCGGAACACAGCCCUUGAAAGGAACCGUUGUGGACACCAUUCGAUACCCGAUGCUUUUACGACUGCACCACACCGCUGGAGACGGCAUGGCGAUAGUAAAACUAAUUUUAAACACGAUCGCCGGAAACCACAAAGCAUUGGCUGCGCGAAUUUCUCGGCCAUCGAGUCAACAGAGACAACAAUCUAAGACCACACGUGUGCCAAAUUUAGCACAGUUGCUAAAAAUUGCCUUCAACGGACCAAGUUUACUGCUUGCCGGUAUCUUGCGAAAAACUGAGAAAAAUUGUCUCAGCACCGGUUCAAUAAGCGAUAAAAAAAUCGUCAGCUGGUGCCAUGAGGUGGAUCUGGGCGCCUCUGGCCAACCAGUGAUCCAGAUUGCCAAGAAAACUAAACAGCUCGUGGAAGGAGCCCGAUUCUCGGAUAUCUUCCUGGUUGCGUUGGCCGCCAGUUUGCAGAAAUAUUUCGAACAGAAGAGUCAACAUUGUCCCAGUGGCGGGAUUUCGGUCAUCAUACCUGGACGAGCUGGAAAUGAAGCGAAAUCUUUGAAAAUAAAGAAUCGUUUCACAACCCGUCGACAGCAGCUGCAACCUACCCGGGGUAUUCAGCUGGAUGACCCUUCAAGUCUCAACACUCUGCGCCAACGAUUGGCCAUGAUUUCCCAAGGCUCGCAAUCGACACGUUCCGCAGGAUCACAUGCAGCCACCUCAAUGUUCAUCUCAACGCUCUGCAAUCUGUUACCGAUUGCUCUUCUUCGACUGGUAGUGUCCAACUUCCGCGUUAACGUUGUCUUCUCAAUCCUACCCGAGAUCGAGGAAGUAUCCGCCCUGGGCUAUACCAUACAAUGUCCCACGUUGUUCCUGCCCAACACCGGGAAAAUAUCCGUAUGCCUGGCCGUAAUUACCUUCGGCAAUCGAGUUCAUCUGGGCAUUCUUGCCGAUCGAACCGUGAUACCCUCGGAGGAAGAGGCCCACUCGAUACUGGACGAGUUGAUGGCCGAAAUCCAAAGGAUGGGCGUCCUUCUUGGUAACCAAGAUAAAUACGCGACCACCUUCGGUAUUGUACAAGAGUGAUUUUUUGGCAUCACAAAAAACUCCUCAACGUUAAGUUAGAAAUGUUUUUUUCUCUGAUGAAUGACGAUUCGUAAGACGAAAAAGCACUACGUAUUGAUACUGUCAUAUGUUUUGAUAAAAAAAAUCGUACAAGCGAACAGUGGACGUUUAAUGUCAAUUCUUUUAUAAGAAUUGUAGGUAAUAUCAAAUGAGAUAAUAUUAAAAUAGGCGUUGUUUAAGUUACAAUUAAUUUCUAUUGAAAAAGUGAAUGAUGUUAUGUACUAAUUACCGAUGUUAUAUAGGAUUUAAAAUACACGUAAUUAAAAGCUACUGUUUUAUUGAUAAAAAAAAACAUCGUUUUUCUUCCUCAGGAAAACUAAAGGCAUGAAAUAACACCAUCCACGCAAUCAAAAGCUAUUCGAAAAAUAAU